UCAGUAAAUCACAUGCGACAUCCCGAUCGACAGCGCUGCCGCGGAUAUCCGGAACGGGUGACCGAACGUCUGGAAGCCAACUUUCGAUAUUUAGUUUUGUUCAGUUUUACGCUUGCAUUGAAAAAAGCUUUCGGAGCAUAACUAUGGAGGCUUACAUUUAGCCUCAGACAAUGUCCGUUGACAAUGAAGAUCUUGUAGCCAGCAUGGGACAAGCUAAAUCAUCACAGAAUAACGAAGAUCUGGGAUCAGCUGGAGAAUUAUCACUGAUGGGACCUCAACCACAAUACGGACUAUUACAAAACCACUCAGACGACAGCCUGUCCGGCCAGCCUGAGACCACCAGCAGCGUCAAUGCUGUGAGCGGGGAUCCCAGCCGGAGUCUGGGCCCAGUGCCUGAGGAGGACCCUGACUUUGAGCACCGCGUGCCCAUUCCAGAAGAAGAAGACGCUCAGCCUAUGAAACUGUUCCAGCUCGUGUUUGCUAAGCCAGAGAAAUAUUCCUUCAGUUUCCGCAAGCUGUGGGCAUUCACUGGGCCAGGUUUUCUCAUGAGCAUUGCCUACUUGGAUCCUGGCAACAUUGAGUCUGAUCUGCAGUCUGGCUUCCAUGCAAACUUUCAGUUGCUAUGGAUACUGAUGCUAGCCACCCUGAUGGGUUUGCUCCUCCAGCGCCUGUCGGCCCGCCUUGGAGUAGUGACGGGGAUGCACCUGGCUGAGGUAUGCUUCAGAGAAUACCCCAAGGUGCCACGCAUUCUACUGUGGUUGAUGGUGGAGAUUGCUAUCAUUGGAUCAGACAUGCAGGAAGUCAUAGGCACGGCCAUUGCCUUCAAUCUGCUAUCCAAUGGAAAGAUUCCGCUGUAUGGGGGAGUUCUGAUCACAAUCACAGAUACAUUUGUCUUCCUCUUCCUGGAUAAGUAUGGUUUGCGUAAACUUGAAGCAUUCUUUGCCUUGCUCAUCACAAUAAUGGCCAUCUCGUUUGGAUACGAGUACAUCACUGUAGCUCCAGACCAGAAGGCAGUACUAGCCGGCCUCUUCAUCCCUAGAUGCCAGGGCUGUGACAGCCAAGCCAGCCUGCAAGCUGUGGGCAUCAUAGGUGCCAUCAUCAUGCCGCAUAACAUCUACUUGCACUCGGCUCUCGUCAAGUCGCGUGAGAUUCAUCGAGAGAAGAAAGAAGCGGUCAAGGAAGCCAACAUGUAUUUCUUCAUAGAGGCCUGCAUAGCUCUCCUGAUAGCUUUCAUCAUCAACCUGUUUGUGGUGUCUGUCUUUGCUCAGGGGCUGUACAAUCACACAAACGCUGAAAUCCAUGACAUGUGUGUUGAGCAGGGUAGCAUAUACACCGAGUAUUUCCCCAACAACACGGACCUGAUCAAACAGAUGGAUAUAUUCAAAGGGGGCGUAUACCUUGGCUGUGAGUUUGGUGCCGUAGCGUUGUAUAUUUGGGCCAUAGGGAUCCUGGCGUCAGGCCAAAGCUCAACAAUGACGGGGACGUAUGCUGGACAGUUUGUCAUGGAGGGAUUUCUGAACCUUAAGUGGCCGCGCUGGAAGCGUAUCAUGCUGACUCGAUCCAUCGCCAUCCUGCCCACCAUAUUUAUAGCCGCCUUCAAGGGAGUCCAUGACCUGACUGGAAUGAACGACCUGCUGAAUGUUGUCAUGAGUCUGCAGCUGCCUUUUGCCUUGAUUCCAAUCCUGACAUUCACCAGUGCUGAUGCGUUAAUGAGUGACUUCAAGAAUGGAAUAAUUGCCAAGAUAUUUUGUUUUCUGUUAGCCAUUGCCGUAAUCGGAAUCAACAUGUUCUUUGUGGUGACGUACAUUCCAAGUUUACCUCAGCACUGGGCCAUGUACGUCUUUGUGGCCAUUCUUCUCUGCGCAUACAUCAUCUUCAUAUUGUACUUGUUCUGGUAUUGUCUCAUCACACUGGGGUUUACGUUUCUUCGGAAUAUACCCAUGCCGUGCUGUAGUCUUAAUGCACAGUCGUACAAUCUGGAGGGCUUAGCGGAAGAUACAGACAGAGACACAGCAGAAGAUAAAGACGGAGACACAGAGGACAAACCCAACACAGCGGAACGCGACACCUCCAUGGACGACGGCCAUCAGUAAUAAUCCCUGGGACUGGACAACAGAGGGCGGUAUUGAUCAGUACGGAGGGAGCUUGAUCAACAAUAACCACAUUGUUCAACUUACAGAAAAAUACAUAAUAUUCAGCAAUGGCAUGAUCUAGAUCAAUGUUCAGGACCAGCCUUGACACUUUCCUGUGGAUGUCAUGCACAAGCUUUUUACCCCCUCAAUGGUUGGAUAGUCACUUGCCCAGCGUGCAAGCACAGCUGCUUCACACUGUAUGCAAAUCGAUGCGAAUCAAUGCGUGCAUGUUCACAAAACAACAUCUUCUCUUCAUGUGACAUAUACAAGGUCCUCUCAUAAAUACAUGUACAUGGUAUCUGAAUAAAUGUUCAGUUAUGAAACAGCAGCUCACAGAAAUGCAGCUCUAUGUAUAUAAAAUAUGUUGGUAGAAGCAGACUACUGUUUCAUGUUCGCUAUCACUGAGGUUCUUUUUGCCCAUUGUAAACAAUAAACACAUGAACGUCAGCUUGGUGAACCAGUGUGAUGUGCUGGUCUACUAGGGGCCACUAUUAAAGGCACAUAGGAACAUUUGCAUGCAUCCCAAAAGUAACCUACCAAAUUCCUAUCUGAAAGCUUACUUGGAUUAAAGAUCAUACUGGUGCUAAACACCCUGUGAAAUUCCAUCUGGCUUGCUGUCAUUUUGAAGAAAUCAAGAAAUGUAUUCCAACGAUCAGUCAAUUGACUGAUUUUUGGAAAUGUAAGAGUGUGACAGAGCAUGCAAGUCACGCCAGUGAAUGUCUUGGUACAAAACACUGAAUUUACCCAAUUGUUUGAUUUGAAUGGAAGUUGAGAUCAACCGUUUCAAUUUGAUAAUACAUGUUGUCAUCAAUUGGCAGCAUUUUCAAUACGUUGUAAAAAAAAAAUGGUAAUGCUUUCUUUUUUUUCGAAGUCCCCAUUUAUUGCCCUUGAUUGGUUGGGCCCAGUCAGGACAUAAAAUAAAUGCAAAAAAUAGGGCCUCACACUCGUCAUAGAUACUUGGGGCUCCAAUGUGCUGCAUUCUCAAAAAAUCUGGCAGGUUUUGGGGGUCAACUUGCACGAUGGACCAAAACAAGUUUUGUGAUCAAAAGGUUGUGCUGGGUUUUUCACUGGUUUUUGAUAAGUGUAAUAUCCACUGAGCUGAACCUUCACCAGGUUAGGUUUUUAAUAUUUUCUUUGGAUUUUGCGUGGUGUUACUAUUGGAAACGAACAAAAUGCAUGAAAAGCAAAUGAUCCUAAUUAUACCUUAGUGUUAUUUUCUUAACAAAAACUGGUUUCCAGCCAACUUGUUAUGCCUUGUGUAUUGCGUGUGACUGAUUACCAGGUGUUAUUUUCCUAAUGUAUUUUUGCUAAGCGAAAUUCUCUCUUUAGCGGCAACUGGUCUCUGUAAUAUAUAAUGUACCAUCAAGUCUUCCAUUUUGUGCCUCUAUGCUAAAAUGCUGCUUUUACUCAGCAUGUGUGGUCUUCAGUCAAGAUUUGGAUAUUAACCCUAACCCCUUGAGCAUUUUUACUGGAAAGUAUCCGAAAUCCACCAAAAUCCACCAAUUUUGUCAUUUAA